AUGACCAGGAACCAACAGGAAAGGUUCACCGACUCUGGACCGCUGGAUAUAUCACAUUCGGUGGAUAUGAACCCCGAUCCUCCUUCCUCAAUCCUGUCUAUCGAAGAAAACAAUGUAGAUGCCACACUGUUGUCCUGUGCGGCCGCCGAGGCUCUGGGUAUUGAAGGUCCAGUUACGAGAAUCCGAGCGACCUCGCUAGCCGGAACCACUUGUAAAAUAACCUCGGAGGUUAACUUUGCGGUUCAGUCAUUAGAUGACGAUCAUCAGCUGCAAGUAGAGAAGGCCUACACGCUGGAGUAA